AUGCCCCCUAAAAGAAACGCUCGGAACAAGGUGGAUGAUGAUGAUGUUGAGGUGGCAUCGAAAUCAGAAACCAAACGGAUGAAUGAAUCUCAGAAACCUGGCAAGGGUAAGGAAAAACGUCAGGGCAAAUCAGCACAACCGAAGGAGGCAGAGGACGACGUUCCGAAGACGGAGUCGAAGUCCAAAAAGAAAGAUAAAAAGAAAAUAGAUGAGGCCUUCCAUGAAAAUCCAGAAGAAAGCAAGGAGAAUUCUAAGAAAGAGAAAAACAAAGAGAAACAACGCGAACCGGAUGCUAUGAACAAACUUCCUGUUAUCAUUCAAACAGAUGAUGAAAAGCAGCUCAGUGAUGAGGUUGACGAGGAAUUCUAUGCAAAGAAAAGAAAGGCAGGACGUGGAAAGAAGAAGGGAAGUGAACAGACGGAGGAGGUGGUCAACGUUCAACCUACUUCUAAAAAGAAACGUGGAAAAGGUAAUAAGAAACAUAUUGGGGACUUUGAUAGUGACGAUGAAGAAAAAACUGUUCUGUCCCAGCUAAAUGCACUGAAUAUAGAAGAUGGAGAUGAUCUGGAGUCUGUGCCGUCUGGUGGUGCCAGUCGCUUCUCGAAAUUCCAGGGUCUCUCUUUGGAUGUGGAAGAGCUGCCGCUCAACGACUCCGUAGACGCAGAAAGUAAUAAAGAUUCACCCGGGGCUGUACCUUCAGUAGAACUACACCAGGUUCAUAAAACAGAAGCGGAUACCCCCGAAUCCGCGGAGGAUCAAACUGAACCUGCUGCACAAGAGUCUCUCACGACAACUGAUAUGGCACCUGAAAUGGAGGAUCGGGACAAUAAAACUGACGACGUGGGAACAUCCAAGCAUGACAUAGCUACUGUUAAGAUAUCCAGGAAGGAGUUAAAAAAGAUAAAAAAACAGGAGGAAUUCGACAAGCUGAUUGAGGCAGCCAAAAAGAAAAUCACAGAGAAUUCGGGAACCUUGGAUAAUUUUGCCCUGUCUCAGGUAAGAUUUAAAGAGCAUUGA